AUGAAGGUUGGAACCGCUCUUGUGCUGGGCGCGACGGCUUCCACGGGAGUUUUGGCCGCCGUGAUUCCCCAGGCACCAUUGAUGAACCCGCACAUCUAUCACAACCAAGAGAAAUAUUUGAUUGAGCUGGCCCCUUAUCAGACCAGAUGGGUGACAGAAGAAGAAAAAUGGGCCUUGAAAUUGGAUGGCGUGAAUUUCAUCGAUAUUACAGCAGAGCGAAAUGCUGGGUACUAUCCUACGUUGCACACACUGAGCUAUGUGCACUACCCGUCAAAGAUGGAGCAUACCGACGAAGUGACCACCCUCAUUAAAGAUCUAUCCAAAGCCAACAUGCAACACAACCUGGAGAAAUUCACCUCUUUCCAUACCCGCUACUACAAGUCCCAGACAGGCAUUGAAUCGGCAACAUGGCUCUACAACCAGGUCCUCGAUGUGGUCAAGAGCUCCGGGGCCGCGGAGCAUGGCGCCACUGUUGAUCAGUUUGCCCAUCCAUGGGGACAAUUCAGCGUCAUUGCCCGCAUCCCGGGCAAAUCAAAUAAGACUGUCGUGCUGGGUGCCCACCAGGACAGCAUCAACCUGUUUCUUCCGUCAAUCCUGGCUGCACCAGGCGCUGAUGAUGAUGGCAGUGGGACAGUCACCAUACUGGAGGCCCUGCGUGGUUUCCUACAAUCGGAAUCCAUUAUUAAGGGGGAUGCACCCAACACAAUCGAGUUCCAUUGGUACUCGGCUGAAGAAGGCGGCAUGCUCGGCUCUCAAGCCAUCUUCUCCCAGUACAAACAAGAUAGACGUGAUGUCAAGGCCAUGCUCCAGCAGGACAUGACAGGCUAUACCAAGGGAGCUCUGGAGGCUGGUCGUGAAGAGGCCGUGGGGAUCAUGGUCGACUACGUGGACCAAGGGCUAACGCAAUUCCUGAAGGACGCAGUCACGACGUAUUGCGAUAUUGGUUUCAUCAACACGAAAUGCGGCUACGCUUGUUCUGAUCACACAUCAGCGAGUAAAUACGGCUAUCCAGCAGCGAUGGCAACCGAAUCCGAAAUGGAAAACAGCAACAAGCGAAUCCACACGACUGACGACAAGAUCCGAUAUUUGAGUUUCGACCAUAUGCUCCAACAUGCAAAGUUGACCCUUGGGUUCGCCUACGAGCUGGCAUUUGCCCCGUUUUGA